UUGCCAGUGAUUUACUAGGGAAUUAUCACUUCUUAAUCCUUACUGUUCUGUGAGUGCUGCUCCUCUCACUCCCCUUGAGAGAAUGUUUAAAUUUUUUCUAAGAUGAUAAACUACAUUUCAAGAUGUUCAUUUCGUCGUUUCCCCAUUCCCGGUGACUCCCUUAGUCGUGUCAGCUCCCACAAGUUCUCCUUGCUGUGCCAAUGCCCGUCCUAUUUUCGGUUUGCAAAGUUAACCUCAAACUUGACGAUAAGACAGGAGAAUGUUAGUCGUCACAGUUCGUCUGACAGUGGGCCUCCCUCUAACAAACUGCCCCCGCUAAUGGAAUUUCCGAAAAUAACGUGGCCUUCAUUAAUUAAGUCAAUCAGAAAUUUCAUUUUGGCCACUUUCAUCAUAAAGCCGUAUUUGGACCGAGACUUCAACUUGCCUGAUUUCGUCGUCGGAUCGAAAAAAGCUGUGGAGGUGGUGUCUAAAAAGAUUGCAGAAGGGAACGUUAAGGCUUUGGAUGGGCUAGUGACAGAGGAUAUCUUGCCGGCCUUGCAGAGGGCAGUGACUCUCAUGUCGCUGUCUCAAAGGGAGCAAAUUGCCGUUGAAGUUGAGGACAUUUAUUUCAGUUUUCCGUACCAGAUAGGAGUGAUGUUUAACGAAGAUAAUGAUCAAAAAAGAUUUGUGGAAAUUACAAUGGUCUUUCAUGCGCUUAAAGGAUUGGCGUUGAUGAAGUCACGUGGGGAAGAACCGCCCCUGAAUAUGGGCAUGAUGCCCGAAUACCAGCAUCGAAUUUCCAUUUGUAAUUAUCGGUUCAUUAAGGAAUUCACCAAAGGAGUUGAUAGUGACUGGACCAUUAAUUUACUGAAUCAUUUUAAACCAAUUGAUGAAAUGCAGGAAUAAAUAAACAAUACUUAGUUAAA